AGCCUCAGUGAGCGAUCGACGCUCAGUGAUUGUCAACAAAUAAAGCUCUUGUAUACUGUAGUUAGUUUAGCCAUAGUAACACACGAUAAUAAUAUAUAAUGUAGUGGCAUUUAUUAAGUUAAGUCGUACUUUUACGCGAAAAUUAAUGUGCUCUUAUAAUUAGUGAUACAUGAAUUCAGUUUUAGUUUACUUAUCAGUAUUUACUUAAAUUAAUUUAAUAAUGAACAUGAGCAGAAGAUCAUCUCGACCAAAGAUACCAAAGGAACGCGAUUUUGAACCAAGAACUAGGCGAUAUAGAAAUGGUCAAAAUCAUAAUGGAAAAAUACCUAAUGAUAAUAAUUAUAUGAAUGAUUGUGACAAUCAUGAACAAAGCGAAGAUGAACUUUUAGGAAUGGGAUAUUCAUCAGUUUUAUGGGCUCAUCCAAGAUUACCUCAGGCUCAAACUUUUUCAAAUCAACAUAGACAACCUCUUUUUACUGCUAUGUCUGAUCCAAGUGUCUGCAGUUAUCCUACUCAUCCUUUAACAUUUUCAGUAGAUCCAUUUACAAUACCACCACCUUUAUACAGCUAUUAUCAACCUACUUUUAAACCUAAUUAUAAGGAGUAUCGAAACAGGCACAGGACUAAUUCUUCUCGACAAAGAGGAAGUGAAUCUCUUAAUAAUAUGAAUAGUUUUGACAACGAGCAUUUUAAUUUUUAUGAAAAUACUUCAGCAUUUAUGCCCUAUCAAACUGGUGAUUAUACAAGUUUGCCACCUGAUGGGAAUAUAGAUAAAGUUAAAGUAGAUAAGAAAAUAAACUCAGAACAUAGGAGGUACUCUGAUCCUGGUCUGGGUCCUGCUGAUAAUCCUAAUAAUGUAAGAGAUGAGGAUUCAGAUAGUACUGCUAGUUAUAGUUCAAGUACAACUGGAAAAGAUAAAAUGUAUAUGAAUCUUGUCGAGCAGUUGACCAAAAUGAAAGAAGCUAAUAGUCAGUUGUUCAAAGAACUUCAUCAGACCAAAGUAGAUUUAGAAACAGUAAAGAAUGAAUUAAACCAAUUGAAACAAAACAUAUCUUCAGACUAUCAACCUGGAAUGCUAUCAGAUCUCAUAAGGGAAAUUAGGGAAGCAUCUAAAGUAAAAGAAGAAAGAAUGAUUCAAAAAAUGAAGCUGUUCAUGGAAACUCAAGAAUCUUCAAGACAGAAAGACUUUGAACACUUAUUGCAUGAACUGGAACUGAUAAAAGUACAAAAAGUUAAAAACGAAGAAAAGGUUCAUAGUCUUCUGACGGAAGUUUCGCAAUUAAAACAGAAUUUAACGCUCGACAAUAUCGUCAGUUUGGUUCAAGAUAAGUUUUUCAUUCCACUGCUCGAGCAAAAUUACGCGGGAGAAGCGGCGACAUCGCUGCCGACGGCAAAUUCGACGUUUGACGUGGACAAAAAUUCCGAUGUGCCUAACAGCAACGACGAUUUCAGAGUAUUAGGCAUUGCUGAUUUAUCGAUAAAAGAGAGUAGCAGCGGAGUAAAUAAAAAUUUAUCGGCAGGUCCUGUUACUGAUCUAUGAUUUACGCCUUGUAUAAAUGCCGUACAUCGCGAGUGCAACGAUUACUCGUUACAAUAUUUGAGCAACACUUAUAGAUAAGUCAAUAAAAUUGUAAAUAUAUACAUUUAACUUAUCUGUUAAAGAAUUAUACAAAAUUAGUUUGACGCCAAAAGCAAAAGGCAAAUAUUUGUAAAUCAAUACGAUAUAUUUUCAAAGCGCGCGCACUAAAGUCUGAAAAUAAGUAAACUUUACCAAAGUGCACUUAAAUAUGUAUAAUCAAUUAUGAAUGUAUACGUAAGGGCAUAUAUUUUAAGAGAUGUAUUUUUCGCAAUUUAUCACGCAGAUCGUCCCUAUUUUAUGAAUAUUGUAUCGUCGAAUACGAAGUUUGAAUUAUGUAUGAGCAAGUACGAUUAAAUGAAGUUUCUGUUUUUAAUGUUACGACGCAAACAACGAAUAAAAGACACUAUUACCCAGUUGAAA